UAAUACAUGGACAUUUUGAUACCCAUCUAACGUUAUAAAAUGGUAGAGAGGAAGAUAAAUGUCGCGUCUCCCAAAGAUUUGCAACAUUGGUCUUCAUACGAUCACUAUAAUAUUGAUAAUCCGCACGUAGGAGACCCAAGAAACCUACAAUUUACACAGUGGAAUUACUGCAGGCUUAGAUAUGCUUUGUUCUGCCGCUGUUGUCGUGAAUUGAGUGAAGAUAAUCCACGUUGCAGAUAUCAAUAUUACAGAGCUGAAAUGGCCUGUACUCAGGACUUUUUGGAUAUAGCUAACAAGUACCGCGAACAGGGUACUAACACCGCUGACAUAUUGCCUACAUCCCAGGUUUUCAAUUUGAGACAAUGAA